GCCCGCGUCGUCUGUUCCUCCUGCAUUGUUCUUUAAUGUUGUUGUGCAGAGUUCUUUCUCGAGUGUAAGCUGUUUGUAAUUGUUUCGGUGGAGAAGACAUUUGUGUUAGACGCUAUCCCUGGACCUGUACCCGGCGUCGUUUUCUAUUCGUGACUCCCAACUGAAGCUGAAGUGACAAGUAGUGACAAUGCCUAUGAAGGCAAAGAAAAAGUUCACACACGUCAAAACUGGGAAAUAUCACAAAAGUCGCGGUGGAAGUGGUGCUAGUCAUGCCUAUGGUCGGCCUCGGUCUGCUAGCCCAAAUUCAAAUCAGAGCUCGGAUUUCAGUGACUAUGGGGACUGUGAAUCUGAUAGCAGCAAUGCUACAGCAGAGUUUAUUGCUGCAGUGUCGGAUAUCUCUAUCAUAUCUGAUGAUGCUGCAAGUGAUGGAAAUGUGUCAGAGGUAACAUAUGUACAGUUUAUUCUUCUUUUAGUGACUUACAUUAAUACAACAAGAAAUGUACUAAUGUUUAUUUUUUUCUUACAGUGUUCUGUUUCUUUGGACAAGUCUACAUGUGUGGACAAACCUGAAGACACUGUUGUGCCACAAGAUGUGUUGUUGUCUACCAUACAGUUGCUCAAGAGUGUGUUGCCACCUAACUGGAUUUUAGUUGCUGAUCGUGACGGGUUCAACUGUCUCAAAUUGUCACUAGGAGACGACCCUAGUGUGCAGAGGAAUGUUCGUGUGACCCACAGUGGUGUUCUAAGAAUAACUGUUCAUCGCAAGGAACUGCCACCAGACCUUCUCAAAACACUCACCCGAAGUUGGCCCAGUGGACUUCGCCUGACUUCUCAGUCCAGCAAGCUUUUUGUGGACCAGGUUUUACGUGUUGUGCUUGCUGUGCGAGCUUAUGAAGUGUGUGCUGGUGCUGACCUUCAGAAGUAUGAAGAAAUGUGGCCUAGUGAGACAUCUGGCCAGAUUGACAAUAAUCCAUAUGAUGAGGGCCGGUAUGUGAGGACAUUUAGGUCGUCUCAGUGUUCAAUGUUAUUACCAGUUGAGAAGUGGUCUUGUGCUCAUAGUCAACAAGCUUGUGAGAGGUUACGUAAAAAACGCAAACAUUUUCUGGAGGAGGUUGCUAAUUCCUCUACUAGAAAUGAUAAUCUUACUGAAGCUCAAAAAAAACAAAAGUUAUGCCAACAGCAGGAAGCUCUAAAGAAUUUAAAGAAACAGCUCCAUUAUUAUAAAAGUGUAAACUUAGAAUUGCAGAGCAGUGGUGUUAAUAUUGAUGAAAAAUUAGGUGAAUAUUUUGCUGAAUUAGUUAGACAAGAAAGAUUGUCACCUGUUAUGCAUCUUUUUUUGCAACAACAGUUAAAAUCAGCUUCUAAGAAAAGUUCAAAAGGAAUGAGGUGGCACCCAGCCAUGAUAAGAUUUGCUCUUCUCAUUAAAAGUACAUCUUCUGCUGCUUAUGAUGCCAUGCGCCAAACUGGUAUGAUACAUCUUCCUGGUGAGCGUACAUUAUUUGACUACAGUCAUGCUGUACCUCGAGAGGAAGGAUUGUUUACAUCAAAAUUAAAUAUAGUUGCUGGUAAAGUGUCUGAAUUUCCUGAAAAGCACCAAAGGUUCCAUAAUUUAUUAAUGGAUGAAAUCCAUAUCUGUCAGAAACUAGUUUAUAGGAAAUCAGAUGGGCGUUUAAUUGGAUAUGUGAAACUCAAUGAAGUAGAGGAAGAAUUAAAACAACUAGAGGCUGCAGUUCAAAGUAGUACAUUGUCUGACCCUGAUGUUGCUACAUGUAUUCUUGCUUUUAUGUUGAAAGGUGUGAGUAAUAAUGUUAAAGAAGUCAUUGCAGCUUACCCUUCAGCAGCUAUGAAGAAAGAAUUUUUGUAUGAUAGAGUGUGGGAAGUUAUACCAGCUUGUGAGAGAAGAGGUAUUUAUAUUUUGGCUCUAGUUUCAGAUGGUUGCUCAGUUAAUAGGUCAUUUAUUUCUAUGCACACUCCAGCUACUCAAAGUGAGCUACACCCUGGUCUUGUUUUUGAUACCAAAAAUCCAUGUUCUCCAGAUAGAAAUUUAUAUUUUAUUGCUGAUCCUCCCCAUCUGCUCAAGACCAUUAGAAAUAAUUUUGCAAAGUCUGGUACUGGUAAAAAAUGUACUCGUCUGCUCACAAAGAACGGAGAAUUCAUUGUAUGGAAAACUAUAGAGAAGUUGUAUCUUGGAGAUGCUGAUAUGUCUUUGCGUAGAUGCUGUAAAUUAAAUUAUCAGAAUGUUUACCUUAAUGGGUACAGUUGCAUGAAGGUAUCUUACGCAGCCCAAGUCCUAAGCAAUAGUGUUGCUCAGGAUCUCAAGAGUAGAAAGAUCCCUGGAACUAGUGAAACAGUUACUUUUAUCAAGAAAGCAAAUGAUUUCUUUGAUAAUGUUAAUGGUGCUUGGUCAUUGCAAGGCAAGAAAACUGCAAAUUCCAGAUUAGAUCCCUACACCAGUGUGGAUGAUCCACGAUUCGCAGAACUCCUAGAAUUUGAGAAGUAUUUUCUUGAUUGGGAAGAUGAAGUUAAGGUCAAUGCCAAAAUUCCUCAAGGUAGUAAAGGAAAGGCAAUAUUGAGUCAUCAAACAUUACAGGGUAUUUACAUAACUGUGAAUGCAUUCAUUGGUGCUGUUAAAUAUUUACUAAAUGAUGUUGGUAUCAAGUUUGUAAAUGCUCGUGUGUUCUGCCAAGAUCCUCUGGAGCAGUACUUUGGCAAGCAACGGGCUGCAGGUGGGGGAGGACAGAAUCCAACCGUUGAUGCUUUCAUGAAUACUGAUAUGAAGAUUACUAUUCACAGAGACCUUAAUACAAGAAAAAGGUCUGGCAACACACAGGCCAGUACUUCUCAUAUAGACAUCAGUGAUGAAAAGUUGGCAAAAUUACCAAGAAAGAAGAUGUGAAUUCCAAAAAGAAAAAAACCAUUCUACAACAAGUAUAAAAU